AUGUCAAAUAAUAGUAAUAAUAACGAAAAUGAUAAUAAUAACAACAAUCAAAAACCUGCAUUAUUUGCAAUACCACAGUCUAAAAGAGGAAUAAAUGCGGUACAGAUAAAUCAAGCGAGAGAAAUGGUAAAAAUACAUACUCAAGCUCGACUCCCCAUAAAUAAAAGAGAUCAGCAAUCACAAUCUCAGCCACAAGUUCCUAAACCAGCUGGUUUCAACAAUGUAUCUAUUCCAAAUCAUGAAUCAAAAUGUAAUAAUCCUCAAUGUGAUCAUUGUGGACAAAUAAUUAUCCCUUCGCCACGCUCAUCAUUCCCUAUCCAAGAUAAACCAUCGAUUUGUAUAAAUGAUUGGGAAAUAUAUACAAUUAAAAAACCAAUUUUAAAUAGUGUUGAAUUGGAUAAUCUUGAAUCAAGAUUUGAUUUCCCCUUACCUGAAAUGAUAUUUGGAAACAACUUAGUAAGAAUUAUAAAUAAGGAAAGUAAGGAGGAAAUUCAUUUUAAUGCUUUAGAUGCGUUGGAUUCAUUAGAUUCGGAAUGUGAAUUUAAAGUUUCAUAUCAUGAAGAAUGGUUAAAGAGUAGAAAAUCCCAAAAAAGUAAAAUUAAAUCCGAAACAUUAAAUAAAAAAGAUUUGAGUGAGUUUACGGAAAAUUUAGACAUUGUAAAACCAUUCGAUUGGACAUAUUCUCCAAAUUACAAAGGUACACUCACGAAUCUAGUGUUGAGAGAAAAACAGGGGUUAGAAAUACCAAUUUCAAAAUUGACUCAACCCGAUCCUAUUUUAUUUUUUGAUGAGAGUAUAUUAUUUGAGGAUGAGUUGGCAGAUAAUGGUAUUUCAAUAUUUAGUACUAAGAUUAGAGUUAUGCCUACUUGUUUAUUAUUAUUAAAUCGUUUCUUUUUAAGAAUUGAUAAUGUUAUUUUUAGAAUACGAGAUACGAGGAUUUUCAUAGAUUUUGGUACGAAUGAAUUAAUUAGAGAAUAUAAAGAACAAGAAUUAGAAUAUGAUAAAUUAUUAAAGAAAUGUAUUAAUUGUAUUAAUUCAAAUGAUCCAAAGAAAUUAUUAAGAGAUUCAAAUUGGGUUUCUCAAAAUAUCCCGGUGAUAAAAAGAAUAAUAGAAAGUAAUAAAUGA